AUGCUUUUCAAAAUUCUUUUUCUACCCCUCCUUCAAGUAUUCGCCAUUUUCUCUCUCCUAAAUCGUCAAGCUGAACCUUCCUCUUUAUUAGGAGUAACGGGUAAUAACGAUACAUCCAAUUCUGAUCCUUCAGCUGCUCUUUCCCCUUCUUCGAUCAUCGGAGAUGGUUCUUCUUUACCUGAAACAUCUCAAGCUUUGACUCCUUCCGGUACAGGAGAUGAACCUUCUGAUAUCAACCCUUCUCAAGGAGCAGGUGGAGGAAUGGGAAAUGAUACUACUACUGAACCUACUGCUUCUCACGCUUUUGGACCUCCCGGUAAAGAAAGUCAUCCAUCACUUUUACCUCCAAAUCAUCAUCAUAUGUUUCGUCGAACAGAACCGAGUGGAUGUAAAUGUAUGGUUUCUGUCAACGCUACUACUUGUCCACCUGGACCUAGUUCGACUUGUAAAGAUGGAGGUUUAACUUCUGUUGUUUCUUCAACUUCGAAACCUUCUUCAACUUCUAUCAUUCGAGUAGUCAUUCUUUAA